UAAAGCGAGGAGAGAGCGAGAGCAAGAGCGAGGAAGGAAGGAAAGGGGGGGCGGGUUCCAUGGGCGGCGGCGGGGAUGCGGCGGCGACGGCGGCGCCCGAAGAUUCGGGUUCGGAGCCGCCAACCGCUUCCCGGCGUCGGUUAUAGAGCGUCGUCCUGCUGUCGUUGGGUUGGUCCGCCGUUGCGGACUUUUUUGCUUGGCAGAUGGACCAUAAGCAACACUGAAUGUUAACUCUGAACAUUUCCUAAGUUCCGCAGUGGCUGGGAUGUUGCGACAGAACGGUGGCAGCAGCAAGCGUGGUUUAGGAUUAACCAAGCUGUCUACCUCCAAUUUCUUCAACAUCUCUAAUUCUGGAACCUGGGGUAUGGGGCGUAGCACCAAGAGCAAUUCUCUGAGCAGCAUUAGCUCCAACUCGGACUGCUAUGACAGCACUGUUGUGGACCCAGAGUACAUCUUGCAACUGGUGAAUGAUGUCAGAAAAUUUGCAGAUGUUCUGCUUUAUUUGAAAGAUGCCAUUCUUUCAGAAGAAAACCAAGAAUGCCUGCAUCAUGUUGUUCAUGAACGUCUGGGAGAGCUACUGCGUGUCCUGAAGGCAAUAAUUAACAAACAUCAGAGUCUCAAUUCAGUUGAUAUUCUAAGUGCUGCAGGAACAGUUAUAGCUAAAGUGAAAGCUGUGAACUUCAAAGAAGUUAAUGAAGAAAACAAGCGAGAAGUUUUAAGUGAGAUAUUCUCUUCUAUUGACACACUGGCAUUCACCUUUGGCAACAUAGUUUCAGACUUCCUUAUGGGAGAUGUGGACAAUGGCUCAGCACUUGGUCUUCCCAUAUCUCGUCCAAGCCAGUCUUUUGAAAAUCUUUCUGUGGAUUCUGGAGGAUCACUGCAUGAAAGGGAUGAUGUUCAAGGUAUAGGACACCUUAGAGCUGAAGAAAUUGAUAGUGUUCUCCUAAGAAAUGAUAAUGGAAUUGAAUCGGCUCUAUCCUAUGCUAAAGCAUGGUCAAAAUAUACGAAGGACAUAGUAGCAUGGGUAGAGAAAAAGCUUAACUUGGAAAUGGAGUGUGCUAAAAGCUUGGCAAAAAUUGCAGAAACAACUAAGACUAUUGUUGGACCCCAGGAUUACAUGCCAUUUCAGUCAAUAUUCAUAAAUGCAUUCCAAAAUGACAUAGAAAAUAGUCAGCUUUGGCAGCAAACAGCAGCAGCUCUCCAAACUAAUAAAUUUGUUCAGCCACUCCUUGGAAGAAAAAGUGAAUUGGAUAAACAAAGGAAGGAGAUCAAGGAGCUUUGGCAACGAGAACAAAAGAAAAUGCAAGAACUGGAAACUGUUGUAAGAAAAGCCAAGCUAUUAUAUAUUCAGAGACAAGAUGAAUAUGAAAAGGCAAAAUCAUCAACUGUUUGUGCUGAGGAGGAGCAUUUGACCUCCAAUGGGGGUAUUAUUAAAGAUGCCAGCAAAUUAGAGAAGAAGAGAAAACUUGAAGAGGAAGCCCUUCAAAAAGCUGAAGAAGCUAAUGAACAUUUCAAAGCCAGUCUGGCAGAAGUUGAAGAAAAGCGAAAUGAUCUGGAAAAUUUCAAAAGUGAUAUCUUGACGCAGCUCCGGGAACUUGUCUAUCAAUGUGACCUCACACUUAAAGCUGCAACAGUUAACCUGUUCCAGAUGCAGCAUGCCCAAGUCGUGUCUCUACCAGUUAACUGUCAGUCCCUCUGUGAGAGUGCCAAGCUGUAUGAUCCAGGACAGAAAUUUUCUGAGUUUGUGAAGAAUUUGCCAAAAUAUGAUGUUCCCAUUGAACCUGGUUCCUUUGAAACACCGAGCUCCCAGGCUGGAGGAGUUUUCAGUAAACGAUCAAACAAUAUCCAUGCAUCACAAGGAAACUUAUCUCAAUGUUCGGGGGAUUAUCCCAGUCCAUCUCUAGAAGAUGUGGCAAGCCCAGCCUGUCACCGUUCCCAGAAAAUUGGAGAAAAACGCUCUGCAAGUAGCACAGACAUCUCUGCUGUACGAGGUCCGCCACCAUUCAGAUCCUGGUCAGUUGGUAACCAAAGUGGAGGAAUGUGCAGCGAUUCUGAAAGUGCUGGAGGCAGCAGUGAAUCACGAUCUGUAGACUCUCCAUCUGCAAGUCCAGGUGACUUUAAAAGAAGGCUUCCCCGAACCCCAUCUACUGGUACAAUGUCAUCUGCAGAUGAUCUUGAUGAAAGAGAACCACCCUCUCCUUCGGAUUGUGGUUUAAAUGAUCUAGCAUCUGAAAUUACUAGUUCACCUGGACCUUUCCGAAAUACUGUUCUGUCCAAGGCAGCACAAACACACAAACUGCGGAAGCUGAGGGCUCCAUCAAAAUGUAGAGAAUGUGAUAGUCUGGUGGUAUUCCAUGGAGCAGAAUGUGAAGAGUGUUCACUCGCCUGUCACAAGAAAUGUCUGGAGACUUUAGCUAUUCAGUGUGGGCACAAAAAGCUUCAUGGAAGGCUUCAUCUAUUUGGAGUUGAAUUUAGUCAAGCUGCCAAAAAUAGCCCUGAUGGAAUUCCGUUCAUCAUAAAGAAAUGUACCUCUGAAAUUGAAAGCAGAGCCCUAAAUGUGAAGGGUAUAUACCGUGUGAAUGGAGCAAAAUCAAGAGUAGAAAAACUUUGUCAAGCAUUUGAAAAUGGAAAGGACUUGGUGGAAUUAUCUGACCUCUAUGCCCAUGAUAUAAGCAAUGUCCUUAAAUUAUAUCUUCGCCAGCUCCCUGAACCUUUGAUUUUAUUUCGGCUUUACAAUGAAUUCAUUGGACUUGCAAAGGAGAGUCAGAAUAUUAAUGAGGAAUUGCAUAUGAAACAGAUGAGUCCCAGAUCAAAGAAAAGGCAGUCAGUAUGUAUUGAACUGAAUAGAAUCAUUCUCAAAAUCAAAGAUCUUCUGAAACUGCUGCCAGCACCAAACUAUAACACUCUCCAGUUUCUUUUAGGUCAUCUUCACAGGGUUACUGAAGAAUCUGAUGAAAAUAAAAUGUCUGCUAGCAACCUUGGCAUUAUAUUUGGCCCAACCCUGAUCAGGCCACGUCAGACAGAUGCAACACUUUCUCUCUCUUCACUUGUGGAUUAUCCGUAUCAAGCCCGAAUAGUGGAGCUCCUCAUUACCUACUAUGAAAAGAUUUUUGACAUUUCAGUACAGCCUGUGUCUACUACCACUCAAUCAGAUGAAAAUACUUCUUGUGUCCAAAGAGUUUUAUUAGCUGAAGAUAGAGAAUGUUAUCAGCAGAGAAAAGCAGUGCCCUGCAUUGCUGUGAAAGAAAAUGUUCCAUUAAUCCAGAAUGAGAAGAAAAAUUCAGAAACACUCACGUCACUGGAUGAAACAGAUGGCAAUAAAGGCAUCCAGAGAAAUUCUGAUAUUCUAGUGACAGAAUGCAAUUAUGAACUUGGAGCAAAACAGACCAUUUGCAGGAAAAAUUCUCCUGAGCCUCCAUCUUUCUCACUUUCAGAAAACCACAUUCAACCUACAAAAGAACAAGGCAACACUGCAACUCCAGUUUUGGAUCAAGCUAAUGAGCAAUCUCUCUCCCAAAUUGAAGAUGGUGAUAAAGUAUGUCAGUUAUUGAGACCUAAUCAUCAAAUAACCAAAGUCCAGCUGCGCUGUCAAAGGACAAAGCCCGUUGUUCGUCCUGUGAGUUUGCCUCUAGGUCAAAUGCUUCCUCCUUGUGUUUUGAAUGAGAGAAACACUCGCAAUCAAGAGAAACUUGGAAGAAGUCCUGUUAUUGAAGAAGUCUCUGAGGCACAGUCACCUCCAACAGUUAAUGCUGGCUGUAGACUUUCUUGUUAUGACCUACAGACUCUGAAAAAGACUUGGGAUAAACAGUAUAAGCAGUACGACAUGACUGCAAAGACUGCAAUGAUUGUGACAAACGUACCCCAGGAAAACCGCACACAAGAGUCUGUAAGCACGUGUGCCUUACCUACACCGAGCAAUCUUGGUAGCAAUUCAGUAAAUGCCAUACUUCCCAAUAAGCCAUAUUCAAUACCUAUCAAGGCUGCAAGGACAGCAGUGGAAGGACAUUCCCCAGAUACUAACCCUCUUGCUGCUGCUUUCAGAACACCAAGGACUUUGCAGCCACCACCAGGGACAUUUUAUAAACCACCUUCCCACAAUAAGGCCAAGGCAAAUGAAGAGAGUUCUGCACCCAAACUCUGCACGGCAGAAAUUAAAGAUGAGAAUCCAAAGCUAACGGUGAGUCCUGGGCUUGCCCAGAGUUCAUCCGGCUCCUCUAGCCAGCAGGCAAAACAACAGAAAGCAAGUUCUGAAAUGAUUUCCCAUACAGACUUGAAGCCCACUUAUCAGAGAUUAAGACCAAAGCGGAUGCAAGAACUGGAACACAGGGAAGCUCACUUUGUAUAGAGCAGGGAAUUUUUUCUGGAAUGCUUAUAGGAUUUAUCAAAAAGAGGGUUUUUUGUUUGUUUGUUUUCGGUAGAGGAUUUCACUGUUGUGCCAUAUUGGAAUUAUUUUUAUAUAU